GGGAUCCCCAGGCCUGGAGGGGGGGUCUGCGCGGCCGGCUGGCUCUGCCCCCUGUCCGGUCCCGAGCGGGGCCUCCCUGGGGCCAGCCUGAUGUGACCGGGCCUAGCAGAAGCUGAGCAAGGAGCGGGUCCGUCGCGGAGCCGGAGGGCGGGAGGAACAUGACAUCGCGGAGAUGGUUUCACCCAAAUAUCACUGGUGUGGAGGCAGAAAACCUACUGUUGACAAGAGGAGUUGAUGGCAGUUUUUUGGCAAGACCCAGUAAAAGUAACCCAGGAGACUUCACACUGUCUGUUAGAAGAAAUGGAGCUGUCACCCACAUCAAGAUUCAGAACACUGGUGAUUACUAUGACCUGUAUGGAGGGGAGAAGUUUGCCACUUUGGCUGAGUUGGUCCAGUAUUACAUGGAGCAUCAUGGGCAAUUGAAAGAGAAGAAUGGAGAUGUAAUUGAGCUCAAAUACCCUCUGAACUGUGCAGAUCCUACCUCAGAAAGGUGGUUUCAUGGACACCUCUCUGGGAAAGAAGCAGAGAAAUUAUUAACGGAGAAAGGAAAACACGGUAGCUUUCUUGUGCGUGAGAGCCAGAGCCACCCUGGAGAUUUUGUUCUCUCCGUCCGCACUGGUGAUGACAAAGGGGAGAGCAAUGACGGCAAGUCUAAAGUGACCCACGUUAUGAUUCGCUGUCAGGAACUGAAAUAUGAUGUUGGUGGAGGAGAGCGGUUUGACUCUUUGACAGAUCUUGUGGAGCAUUACAAGAAGAAUCCGAUGGUAGAAACAUUGGGUACCGUGCUGCAGCUCAAGCAGCCCCUCAACACAACACGUAUCAAUGCUGCUGAAAUAGAAAGCCGGGUUCGCGAACUAAGCAAAUUAGCGGAGACCACAGAUAAAGUCAAGCAAGGCUUUUGGGAAGAAUUUGAGACACUACAACAACAGGAGUGUAAACUUCUCUACAGCCGGAAAGAGGGUCAGAGGCAAGAAAAUAAAAACAAAAAUCGAUACAAAAACAUCCUGCCCUUUGACCAUACCAGGGUUGUCUUACAUGACGGGGAUCCCAAUGAGCCUGUUUCAGAUUAUAUCAAUGCAAAUAUUAUCAUGCCUGAAUUUGAAACCAAGUGCAACAAUGCAAAACCCAAAAAAAGUUACAUUGCCACCCAGGGCUGCUUGCAAAACACGGUGAACGACUUCUGGCGGAUGGUAUUCCAGGAGAAUUCCCGAGUGAUUGUAAUGACAACAAAGGAAGUAGAGAGAGGAAAGAGUAAAUGUGUCAAAUACUGGCCUGAUGAAUAUGCUCUCAAAGAAUAUGGAGUUAUGCGUGUUAGGAACGUCAAAGAAAGUGCCGCUCAUGACUAUACGUUAAGAGAACUUAAACUUUCAAAGGUUGGACAAGGGAAUACGGAGAGAACGGUAUGGCAAUACCACUUUCGGACCUGGCCAGACCACGGCGUGCCCAGUGACCCCGGGGGAGUGCUGGAUUUCUUGGAGGAGGUCCACCACAAGCAGGAGAGCAUCGUGGAUGCGGGGCCCGUGGUGGUUCACUGCAGUGCUGGGAUCGGGCGAACGGGGACCUUCAUCGUCAUUGAUAUCCUCAUUGACAUCAUCAGAGAGAAAGGUGUGGACUGUGACAUUGAUGUUCCCAAAACCAUCCAGAUGGUGCGGUCUCAGAGGUCAGGGAUGGUCCAGACAGAAGCACAAUACCGGUUCAUCUAUAUGGCCGUCCAGCAUUAUAUCGAAACACUACAGCGCAGGAUUGAAGAAGAACAGAAAAGCAAGAGGAAAGGGCACGAAUAUACAAAUAUUAAAUAUUCCCUAGCGGACCAGACCAGUGGCGAUCAGAGUCCCCUCCCGCCUUGUACCCCAACACCAUCCUGUACAGAACUGAGGGAAGAUAAUGCUAGAGUCUAUGAAAACGUGGGUCUGAUGCAGCAGCAGAAAAGUUUCAGAUGAGAAGACUUACCAGCACUUCAGCACAGAAAUAGAUAUGGACUUUCACCCUCUCCCUAAAAAGAUCAAGAAAAGAUACAAGAAAGUUUAUGUGAAGAAUGAAUUUGAAUUUGGAAGGGAUUGCAUUGUGAUGUGGCUGACUGACUACCUUUUGAUAAGCAAAAUUCGAAACCAUUGAAAGAUCACUGUAUUCUAACUCAACAGUACCUGAUUUCCAAUUACUCAUUAUCUCAGACCCGAAGAAAUCAUCUCUACAGUGUAGACAGUGUUCUGUUCUAUAGAAUUUUGUUUUAAAUUCAAGAAGGGGUUGAAUUGUUCUCUAGAUUUUGCAGACAGCUAUGAUUCAAAUUCUAGUUGUCAGCGUUACUUGUCUUUUGAUAAUGUUAACAAAUUUUAUUUUAUUUUUCUUAUUACGGGGGACAGUUGGGCACUUGCAAAUGAGAAAUGAUGUGGGAAAAUUAAGUAGCAACAUCCUAGAGAAGUGGGAACAAUUUCAUUUACCCUCAGUGUCCCUGUGGGGGAUAAUGCAUUUUGAUGGUCUCUUUCUUUAGGCUGAAUGAUAGUUAAGCCAGUGCCCCAGACUGUCAGAGGUCAACUGUCUAGUUUUGCAUUGUCAUUUAAAAAGUCAU